GAUUUAUUUUAUAUUCUCCGUCUUUCCCGGCAUUGCCCGUUCAUCGAAACCCUAGAGGACUUCCGUCUACUCCAACGGAGCUCUUCUUCUCCAUCGAGGUCUCUGGAGAUGGAUUUCUGGUGGCCAUUGCUUGUCCUUGGCAUCGCUUUUGUGAUCUGCCGCUUUCUACUCUUGUUGAUCCCACCCAAUGUCCCCUCCAUUGAGGUCGAUGCAUCCGAUGUAUUGGAGGAAGGGAGUCAAACGAAGGAGAACAGCUACAUUUACAUUCCAAGUAAAGGAAAGCAGGUGCAGAAGGACAAGGUUCAGUGCUAUGAGCCUGCAACUAUGAAAUAUCUGGGCUUCUAUCCGGCCCUCACAUCAGAUGAGGUAAAGAUGCAUGUAGCCCAAGCCAGGAAAGCACAGAAGAUAUGGGCAAAUAGCAGCUUUAGGCAGAGACGUCAAUUUUUACGGAUUCUUCUAAAGUACAUAAUUGAACAUCAAGCGCUCAUAUGCGAGGUCUCUUCUCGAGAUACUGGAAAGACUAUGGUAGAUGCUUCCUUGGGAGAAAUAAUGACAACAUGUGAAAAGAUCACAUGGCUAUUGGCGGAGGGUGAGAGAUGGCUAAAGCCUGAAUUCAGAUCUUCCGGUAGAUCAAUGCUGCAUAAGAGAUCAAAAGUAGAAUUUCAUCCCUUAGGUGUGAUUGGAGCAAUUAUUUCUUGGAAUUAUCCAUUUCACAACAUUUUCAAUCCAAUGCUAGCUGCUGUUUUCUCAGGAAAUGGUGUGGUGAUAAAGGUGUCAGAGCAUUCUAGCUGGUCGGGUUGUUUUUAUUUUAGGAUCGUUCAAGCUGCUCUAUUAGCUGUAGGAGCUCCAGAUAAUUUGGUUCAUGUAAUUACUGGGUUUGCAGAAACUGGUCAAGCCCUUGUAUCUUCGGUUGACAAAAUCAUUUUUGUUGGAUCACCUGGUGUGGGUAGGAUGAUCAUGCAAAGGGCUUCAGAGACAUUGAUUCCAGUUACCCUUGAGCUUGGUGGUAAGGAUGCAUUUAUCGUAUGUGAAGAUGUUGACGUGCCUCAUGUUGUCCAAAUUGCAGUAAGAGGUGCACUCCAGUCCAGUGGCCAAAACUGUGCUGGUGCUGAGAGGUUUUAUGUUCACCGUGACAUAUAUCCAACUAUUGUUGCUCAGAUCGUGAAGCUUGUAAAAUCUGUUACUGCUGGGUCCAUCCUUUAUUCUGUAUGGUAUGGUGUGCCGCACACUCAGGGGCCUCAGAUUGGGAAGGGCCCUCCAUUGUCUGGCAAGUAUGAUAUGGGUGCCAUAUGUAUGCAAGAGCAUGCUGACAAGCUUCAAAAUCUUGUCAAUGAUGCCUUGGAGAAAGGUGCUGAAAUUGUAGGCCGAGGAAGCUUUGGUAACCUCGGGGAAGAUGCGGUGGAUCAGUUUUUUCCCCCAACUGUCAUAGUGAACGUUAACCACUCAAUGAAAUUAAUGCAAGAAGAGACUUUUGGACCUAUAAUACCUAUUAUGAAGUUUGAUACAGACGAAGAAGUUAUUAAGCUUGCAAAUGACUCAAACUAUGGCCUUGGCUGUGCUGUAUUUUCUGGCAACCAAAAACGUGCUAUUGCUAUAGCUUCUCGGAUACACUGUGGAGUUGCUGCAGUUAAUGAUUUCGCAUCCACUUACAUGUGUCAGUCAUUGCCAUUUGGUGGAGUAAAACACAGUGGAUUUGGAAGAUUUGCUGGAGUUGAAGGCUUGCGAGCCUGUUGCCUCGUGAAGUCCGUUGUUGAAGAUAGAUGGUGGCCAUACAUUAAAACAAAGAUCCCAAAGCCUAUUCAGUAUCCAAUUUCAGAUAAUGGCUUUGAGUUCCAGGAAUCUCUCGUUGAAGCUCUCUAUGGUCUGAAUUUGUGGGAUAGGCUUCGGGCUCUGGUGGGAGUACUGAAGAUGAUUUCUGAGCAGAACUCUUCCUCUCAAACAGAUAAAAGAAGGGAGUGAAAUAUAACCCAAAAAACAAAUGGCUGAUCAGCUUGCUAUCGAGAUUUUUCCAAAGGAGACCAAAAAGAUGCUGCUGCUUCUUCUACAGGUUCAGGUUCAUGAAACAUAGAAACAAAUAGCAACUGUGGGACGAGCUAUUUUCUGUUCUUUUCUUUUGUGACAGCGUACCUAAGCUUUGAAGGGCCUUGCACGAGAUUUAAUUGCCUUUCUAUUACUUUCAUGUAUCUGAUCGGGGUGAGCUGAGGAAUAUUACUCGUAUAUAUAGUUUGAAGAUUUUGGUCGUUGCCUUGUUGAACAAUAUGAAGUUUUAAGACCGUUGCAGCAAAUUUCUAAUUUUCUUUUGUAGGUUGAUGCUGGUCUGUUUGAAAAGUAGCUGCAAGCUGUCGAUCAUGACUUUUGUGAAUAA